AUGGUCGACAAAAAAUACACAGACGUCUACGACGACCCCGUCGAGCGGGCCAAAGCCUGGCUCACCAAAGACGACGAUGACAACUGGAAAGCAGGCGAAUGGAUGUCCAAACUCCUUCCACACCUCGCCGUCUCUGCCGCCAACCCCGACGCCCCAGCACCAUCCGUAACCUUCACAUUCACCUGUCUAGAAGAGCACUGCAACCGCCUGGGUAACCUCCAUGGCGGUGCAGCAGCCACCCUCUUUGACCUGUGCACCACCAUCCCCCUUGUCCUCAUUAGCAAGCCUGGAUUCUGGCAAUUCCUCGGCGUCACCCGCAAUCUGAACGUCACCUAUUUCAGACCCGUACCCAAGGGCGAGGAGGUCAUCAUUGAGUGUGAGGCGCUUCAGGUGGGCAAGAGAUUGGCCACAAUGAAGGGCGUUAUGAAGAGAAAGAGGGAUGGGCAGAUUGUGAGCAUUGCUGAGCACUUGAAAGCAAAUAUCGAUCCUGAGCCCAAGUUAUAA